AUGGUCAAGUUGCUAAAGAAUUUGAAAGAAAAAAGUAGAAAUAGGCCACAGCCACUCCACGAGGACCCGCUGCGAUCGCGUGCGGCAAAACUGUGUUCACUUCGCACUCGAGGGAAUAGGGAGCUUACCGUACAGCAAAAACGACGAAAAAUGAACUCGAUUUUGCAUCCGGCUAUUCGAUGGGAGAUGUUCAAACAAAUGCUCAAAUAUUUACUAUUUGGCUGUCAUUACAUCGUAUUGGAUACACCACUUCUCUUCGAAUCCGGCUACCACAAGAUUCUUUGGACAGUCAUCGUGGUCUGGUGUGACGAUGAUACUCAACUGGAACGUUUGAUGCUUCGGGACAAUCUGACGAGAGAGGAAGCAAAUUCGAGAAUUUCCAGUCAAUUUCCGAUACGAAAAAAGAUGGAGUUGGCUACGAUUCUGAUAGAUAAUAAUGGAACGAAAGAAGAGUUGAAAGUCAAGGUGGAAGCUCUCAUACGUGAAUUGGAGUCCAGGUGGACUCCUUUGAUCGUUCGUGCUACAGUUUACACGAACUUUUGA